CUAUUUUUCCGGUUCCUGUUUUCUUACUUGUAAAGAAAAGUUUGGCUUAUUCCUUUUUGCUCCGUGUCAUUCGUUGAUCUCGUGAGAGGAAGACGCCGUAGGCUUGUUAUACUUUAAGAAACACGCACAUGGGAGAGCCAGAACCUCCAGGCGCUCUCCUUCUUUACCGUCUAUUGGUCACCCUUGUCACAGAAGCGCCGCUCUAUACUCCGGAAGACCUUUCUAUGACUGUGCCAAGCGCGGGAAACUGGUUCUUCGUCCUGGAUACGGCCUAGAACAGCCCGUCAUGGCAGGCAGACGAGGGGCAUUAAUUGUGCUGGAGGGGGUAGACCGCGCUGGUAAAAGCACACAGAGCCGAAAGCUGGUCGAGGCCCUGUGGAGAAGGGGAGUUCGAGCUGAAUUGCUUAGGUUUCCUGAAAGAACAACAGAAAUUGGACGUCUGAUAAGUUCCUACUUGGAAAAGAAAAACAAUUUGGAAGAUCAUACAAUACAUCUGCUGUUUUCUGCUAAUCGCUGGGAACAAGUGCCAUCGAUUAAGGAGAAGUUAAACCAGGGUAUCACUUUGAUAGUAGACAGAUAUGCCUUUUCUGGGGUAGCCUUCACAAGUGCUAAAGAGAACUUCUCCUUGGAGUGGUGCAAGCAGCCGGAUGUGGGGCUUCCAAAACCAGACUUGAUCCUUUUCCUUCAGCUAAGCACCUCUGAAGCAGCCAAACGUGGAGACUUUGGAAAUGAACGAUACGAGAAUUGCCUUUUUCAAGAGAAAGUUUUACAAUGCUUUCACCGUCUGAUGGAAGAUAAGACUUUAAAUUGGAAGAUGAUUGAUGCUUCAAAGAACAUAGAAGAUCUACACAACGAAAUCACAUCCUUUGCAGAGGAGGCUAUGCAACAGGCUAAGUAUACACCCAUAGGAGAAUUGUGGAAGUAGAACUGGCUUAUAUUAUCUACUUGAAUUACUUCAUCAAAGCAAGAUCUGCAUUAUUCACUUUUGGUCAAUAUUUAUGUCUCUAUCUAGCGGUUUAUACAGAGCAAAUGGGACUCACUAGCUUUGUUGUUUCUCGAAAUCCCUUCAGUUGAGCAUGCUACUUUAGAACUGUAAAGCCUAGUCUUCCCUCGGAAGCAUUUCUGCAGGAAUUUUUACUGGGGCAGAUGCUACUUUCAGAGAUGUGUACAAUAGUCCUUAAUUGGUGUUUUGUAAUCCUUUUUUUAAGAAUAGCCAAAUUUCUUAAUGUGAAUCACUUCAAGCACACCAUGGCCACCCUCUGAUGGUAUCUUGUAUCUUGGCUUCAGGCAGUUUUCAGCUAGCUGUGCAAGUGAGUGAGCAAACACACAAGGAUAUCUUCCAUUAUAUAGUUUCACAGUCUGAACAAACUGGGAACCUAUAGUUAAUAGCAAGAAACCAGGAUAUUAAACUAUGGUUUGAGGAUGGUUUACUGUCCUGGCUUGAGAACAUGAAUCACAGUUAAAAUGAAAUGGUUAAGAUAAAAUGAGAAACUAGCAAUGGAAGGCUUCCUAGCUUAUAUGAAAUGGCUGUGUGUACAGACAAAUCUUGAGAAGUUUUGGCUCAUAAAGCUGAGGAUACUGUCUGAACACAGCCUCCUUUAUUUUUUAAACUUGUUAUGAAGACCAUCUGAUUAUAACGUUCCAUUUUUAACUAAAUGCACAUUUGAGUUCUUAAGGAACUCUUGGGUAUAUGUCUUGCAAAUACUGUUGUAUUUUUUGAUCCCCCCACCUUUAUUUAGUUCUUAAAUGUUGACCAGCAAUUUAGAGUGUUCCUUAAAAAUCUGUGUUUGUGUUUCUACAUUAAACCCCAAAAUAAAGAAUGAUGCAAAGAAUGAGCUUAUCUGCACUUUCCCCAUAUUCCUUCCAGAAUUCAACAACUUUUGAUUCUACAUCCUAUUUGGUUUCAUAUGUAUAGCACAUUUAAAGAAAUUUCUUGUUUGUAUUUUUAGCAAUAUAUUCUUCAUAUUCCUUUAUAUUUAGUUUAGCUUGCAUUAUUUGUUAACUUUUGUGCUCUUUUCUGUUUUUAAAUGAAGUGGUCUUACCUUUUCUACCCUGGAUUUUUAUUUAAUCAUGGUGGCUGAGUGCACCAGUUCAAAUGAAAUGUUGCCAAGUUUCUUUCUAGCUCAGCAGUGGGGAGCCAGUAACUUCAGAUGAUGUGGGAUUCAACUAAUCCACAAAUAUGGUUAAUUAUUAGAAUUUAUGGGAGUUGUAGUCUAACAUGGCCACAAGUUUUCCACCCUUUUUACUUAAGAACUGUUGUGCAAAACAAAUUCAAUUACCUUUUGUAUACUAGGACAAAUAGUUUGCUUGUUUUCUAUAUUGUGAAGCGUUUUUGCAGUAGGGAUGGUCAAUAUUUGUUCAGUCUAUUUUUUCAAAUGAGUUGACCUGAAUCGUAUCUAGUCUAUAGAUUGGAAAGCAGUUAUCAUUAACAUUGCAAUGCUUCUCCAAAUGUUCCAGUGCAGUUCUUAGCGCAAAGAACCAAUUUUUAUGUUUAGAAACUGAUAUCUUAUCUGAAAAUAACUUACUAUUUUAAAUAUAUCUUGAACUUUUGUAUAGAUUUUGUAUAGAUGGCGCCGUUGUUAAAUAUAUCUUGAACUUUUGUAUAAAAUCAGAAGUGUGGAAAUGGCAUAGAUCAGACAUAUGAAUUAGUAUAUUUGAAGCAUCUGACAUGGACAUCUAUCCCUAUUUUCUUGUGGUGAUGGACACCUCAUUUGGAAGUUAGCUGAUUACCACAUUCUUUUUCCCAAAAGAAUGAAAAGCCUUUUCUUGGAAAACUGCAUGUUUAAACUAACAGAUUAAAUAAAGAAUUUUGAACUACUUGAA